ACUUCAACAACAACAACAAAAUCAAUCGGGAAGUGAUAAUAUAGCCGACCAGUCAUUAUUAAUACCCGUGAAAAAAAUGAUGCAAACAUUUUUUGCAGCUAUAAAUGUUUUAAUCAAUUGAUUUUUGUUGUAUAUGUUUUUAAUAACUAAUAAUAAUAAUAAUAGAUAGCUAUGGGUUCACUGUUGACACUACUAUACAGUCAUUAUAAACGUUUUGCUGACAAUAAUAACACAUGUGAUCGCAAACAUAAUAUUAUUAAUAGUAAUCACAAUAAUAAUCAUAACAACGAUAAUAACCGCCGCAGUCGUCAUAAUCACAACAACAACACCAACACAUCGGCAGCGGUCACUAAUGCCAUACCAUUAUCAUCAUCUGUAAAGACCACAACUAACUGGAGAAAGACAUCAAUGGACGUCACGCGACAUAACUUUUUACAAGUUAUCGGUCAACUCGAAGCUAUCAUAGCCGACGCCGACUUCCUGACCAUUGACACCGAGUUGACUGGUUUGCGGCGUAUGGACACAAAAGCGCUUAAUUUGUUGGACACAAUUGAUGAGCGAUACUUCAAACUGAGACAAAGUAUUGCCGGCUUUAAUCUGAUUCAGUUUGGACUCACGUGUUUCAAGAAAUCUGUGACCAAUACCACCACAAAUGGCGCCGACACUAAUACCGGUGGUUAUCAAUAUGAUUGUCAUUCGUAUAAUUUCUAUAUAUUUCCACAAAAGUCGCCGACAAUUAACAAAGCUAUGGGCGACCGAGUCUUCUCAGUUCAGACAUCGUCACUGCAAUUCUUGGCCAACAAUGGCUUUGAUUUUAACAAAUUGAUUAUCGAUGGCAUCUCUUACCUGAACGACGCCGAAGCCAAGCUUUGUAAAGAGUCCUUCGAUGCGGCAAAAAAACAGAACAAAACUGUCAAUUCGUCGCCAAUGUCUACAUCGGCCGUAACCGAUGAGGACAAGAAGUUUGUAGCCGAAAUGUUGUCCAAAGUGCAAGAAUUUAUCGCUGACGACACGCACAAGACUAUCGACUUGAGUCCAUGUCAUGCAUUCAAACGUCGGCUGAUCUAUGAGUCUCUCAAAGCCCAAGAGUUUAGCGAUUCAGUUGAAAUCAAGACAAUACAGGUAUCGCCGACCUCUUCGGAUAGAUAUAUCUCUGUCAGCAAAAUAGAUAAACUGGAAAAAGAGCGCAAAGAAUCUGAAGCGUUGACUGAAGCCAUUGGGUUUACGAAAGUGAUUCAAAUGAUUAUACAAUACCAGAAACCGGUGAUCGGACACAAUGUGAUGUUGGAUCUCAUGCAUACAUUCAACCAAUUCAUCGAACCAUUGCCCACCGAUUAUAAGACAUUCAAAGCGAUGAUUCACUCUUUGUUUCCCAUUAUUUACGAUACGAAACAUAUCUCAUCAUUUGGUCCAUUUAAAGACAAAAUUGAUAAUACGGCUUUAGGAGAUCUUUAUGAGCGCCUCAAGACAUCGCCGUUUGAGAUGACAUCGAGUUUAGUUCAUUUGAAAAACGGUGUCUAUAGUGAGGGGAAAACUCUUCACGAAGCCGGUUAUGAUUCCUACAUAACUGGUCUCUGUUUUGUCGGUUUGGUUGGCUAUUUGGGUUCGUUAGUCGAUCCCAAGAUUGAACGAUUUGAUCAGAUUUUGUUACAAGACUACCAAAACAAACUCAAUAUGAUCUACAGUCACGACUACCACUUCUAUAAUAUGGGCGCCGAAGAACUAGUUCCCGAUCGCAGUCAUGUGUUUUACGUGACAUUUCCGAAGGAGUGGCGAACUAACGAAUUAUUUCAUUUGUUUUCGGCAUUCGGUGGCGUAUCGAUCGGUUGGACCAGUGAUACCAGUGCUUUGUGUGCACUAAAGGAUCCGAAAAAUGUCGAUAAAAUCAAGAAAUCAUUGUUGAAAACAUCGGCCAAUAGUGUCUACAAAGUGAUCACUUAUGAUGAGUUUGUGCGCAAAACAAGUAAACAAUCGGAAACAAUAACUAGUUCUCUGGUAAAUGAAGAUAAAAGAAAAACAAUCAAAGAUGAGGCAAAGGGUAGGACAUCACCUAAACAGAGUACGACAACUCCUAAGACUAAGAAGCAUAAGUCAAAUGAUGGUAAAAAAGUGACAUCAAAUUCGCAGAAAUUGUUUGAUGAGUCCAUUGAAUGGGACGUUUGA